AAACAAUGAGUUUUAAAACGAAAAAAAAAAAAGAAAAAGAAAAACGAUAUCGGUUAGGUUAGGUUCCAAUUUGAUUUGAUUUGAUUUGAUUCGUUACUUAUUAGCAACGAGAAGGAGAGGAGGGGUUUGCGUGUGUGAGAGAGAAUCAGAAGAUGAAGAAAGAAGACACAGUGAAGCUGAUCAGUUCCGAAGGUUUCGAAUUUGUGGUCGACAAAGAAGCUGCAAUAGUUUCACAGACCAUACAUAACAUGCUUACUUCUCCAGGGAGUUUCGCUGAGAGGCAGCACGGCGAAGUUACCUUUCCUGAGAUCAGCACCACCAUUCUCGAGAAGAUUUGCCAGUACUUUUAUUGGCAUCUCCAAUUCGCCAGUGGGAAGGAGACGGAAUUUCCCAUUGAACCUGAAUUAACUCUGGAGCUAAUGAUGGCCGCCAAUUACCUCCAUACAUAAGCAUUUUGACUUCCCCAAGGGUGAUAGUUCUUCGUCCUCAUAAUGGAACUAUUGCUUAGUUGUGCAUUCAAAGGGAAAUCAGCGUAUUAUUGUUGACAUUGAAACUGUGCCCUUGCAAAACUCUGAUGUACGAGUGGCUCUAAGAUGCCGUCGGUUGAUGUUUCUUUAUAAAUCAACUGGUUAACAAAAUAUGCUAAUUUAACGGGAACAUUACCAUCUCCCGAUAAGUUAAAUCAUAAUAUGCUCUUGUAAUGUCCAUAAUAACAAUAUAGACUUUGUUAUCCAAACAUGGAAAGGAAAUUCGCUCAACGAUCUUCUGAUGAAUA